UUUGCACGGCCUGACUUAACACAACGCUUAUGCAAACCAUUGACUUUUCAUUCCUGUCAAGUGUCAACCUGCAUAUUACACUUACAACACAAUUAACUGUCUUGUAUUUUUGUAAUUAUUAUUGUCUUGUAUUUUUGUCUCUGCAAAUCUGGAACUGAUACUUUUGAGAUUCGUUUUGAGAAAGUGUUAUUUUGAUAUUUAAAUGUUGUGUUGAUCAAAUUUGUGGAAAAUGGACACGCAUGCCAGAGGAUAUGCUGGUGACUGAAUUUCUGAUUGCUCUCUGACCCGUUGCGCGUAUUCUGGAAAUCUCGAAAAUGAAAUUCGUCUAUCUUUUUUUGCUCUACAAACGCAGACUGAUCUCUAGGCGUAGGUUUCUUUUGCUCCUAUGCAUACUAAAAAAGCGGAAGCUACGCGAUGACUGGAUCCCCUUCGCUUUUAAUCCGAGUUUUUACUGAACGAGAAAGCUGGCGGUAUUUUCGCUUUACCAUGCCCCAAAUCGAAGAUCUCCGAAAGCGCUCCUUGAUCCCUGAUGUCGUUAUCACAACAACCCGUGACCGUGCGUCCGGGGUAGAAGCUCUGUGCAUUUUGCUGCGUCGUUUUGUGUACCCUUCACGGUAGAUUGAUCUGCGUAUGUUUUUUAUGAAAGCAGUACGCUAUGAAAGCAGUUUAUGCCAAAUCUUUAUGUGGGUGCUAAACCACAUCGACAAGACAUCCAGAUAGCUUGUGAAAGAAUGGAAUCGGACCUGGCUUACCGAGGAGGAUUUCGUUAUGUUUGCUGGCGCCAUAGCCGCAAAAGGUGGUAUUUUACGCGGAUGUUUUGGCUUCAUCGAUGGGACUGCACGUCCAAUCAGCCGCCCUAAACACUAUCAGCGCCAGUGUUUUAGUGGACACAAGCGUCACCAUUGCUCCAAGUGGCAAGCUGUGUUACUGCCAAAUGGGAUGAUCGGCAGUUUGUACGGCGGACACCGAGGCUCCAUGCAUGACAGCACUCUUCUAACCUCCAGCAAAGUUCUCGACGCGCUGCAGCAAAAAUUUACAACGUUUGUUGGUCCUGACGGAUUCUGUAUUUCUGGUGACUCGGGAUACGGAAGAGCAGAACUUGUGAAAAAGCCAUUCUCAAAAGUAGAAGUACUGAAUGAUCGUCGAAAAAAAGCAUUAAAUAAAGCUAUGUCUCGGGUGAGGGAGCCUGUCGAGUGGGGCUUUAAAGAGAUGCGGAUGUACGUCAAUCCCAUCAACAAAUUAUAUCGUGUGGCUGUCAUAUUAAUCAGUUGUCAUCAUUGUCUCCACCACAAUCAGGCUAGCCAGUAUUUUGAUCUGGAGCCGCCAAGUCUGGAAGAGUAUUUGGUAACGUUUGCUGAAUAAAGUUGUGUGCUGCUGUCUUUUUUUAUUACAACUCGGAGUUCAAAUCCACGUUACUAGUCACCACUUAUUUUCUCUUUU